AUGGAAAACAGCCUCCUCUUCUCUUUCUAUCUUUCUCUCUCGUUCCUCCUCCGCCACUUCACCCUCCACUUCUACAUCGUUUCUCCAUCACCCUUCUCUUCUUACAGCUUCUUUUUUCUAUUUUCUCUCUCCUCCCACUUCCUCAUCUUGGUCUAUUCACACCACAACUCUUCUUAUUCUUCACUUUCUCCUAAACCUUUCUUCUCGCUCUCUCUUAAUGCUUCUCUUCUUUAUCCCUCUCUUACAUUUUUAUUCUCUCCGCCCCGUUCUCUUUUUUUUUUUUCUUUUUUUUUUACUUCGUCUAUUUUCAUUUCGUCUUCCUGUCGGCAUCUACUGUCGUCUGUCUUUCUCAUAAAUCCUUCCUCCACUUCCGGUACGCGCUUAUUCUCUCUGUUUUCAACCAAAUCAAUUGUCACUCUUCCUAUUAAUCAGCUUUUUUCUUUUAUGCUCCACUCGCUUCUCCCUCCUUCACCGCCUCUGGGGAGUUCCCCCACUAUCAUUGUUACUCACCCAUCCUCUCUCUUUUUCCUCUUUUUCCUCUUUGUCUUACUGUCGCUCUCAUUACCUCCUUUUCAUCCAUCAGUUCCCACUCUUCACUUUCCUGCUCCUCUUACUCUUUUCUCCCCACUCCUUCUCAUCUUCUGUCUCAUCCCUAUAUUCUCUCUGUUCUUUUUCGUUCGUCAACCACCCCCCGGGUGUUCAUAUCAACAUCUUUUCAUCAUCCUCCCCUUCAUCUUUGUUCUCAUCCUAUCCUCUUUUUAUCAAUUCCCACUCUUUAUUUUAUUUUCCCUAUUACUCUUUUCUCCUAAACCCUUCUUCCCACUCCUCAUCCUCUACGUCGCCCCUACCUUCCAUUCUUAUUUCUCCGUCCUUUUUCCUUCGCCUUUCCCCCUUCCACCAUCUUCAUAUUUGCCUCUUCUCAUAAAAUCUUCCUCCCCGUCCUCUUUGUUCUCAAACUCUCCCCCUUCUAUCAAUUAG